AUGUGCGGCUCCAAGGUGCACGCUUUGACACCGCUGAAUGAGACCAUCAUCUCCAUCCCCGCCGGCGUGCUGGAGCACUCCACCACAAGCUGGGCGCCGCAGAAGGAGCAGUUCUGCGAGGUAAGGUGUGCGUGGGUGCCGGACUUUGGCGGAACCGUGACGCAGAGGUUUGGUAGGGGCCCGACGCCCGACAAGGUCGAGGGGUGGACGAAUAAGUUGUAA